UGGUUUGACAGUCCUCUAAUUCUGUUUUUGUAAAUCUCCCUGGGUGUUCAACUUGCAGGAACUCAACAUUUACCACCUUGUACCAUUUUUCAAGAUUACAGACCGGAAAAAAUUCUGAACUAUACCAGAUGCCCACUAACAUCUGCAAGACUGUACCACGGACACCUCCCAAAGAAGCUUAAUUGCCUUACACAGGCCAAACAAACAAGAAAUACCUUGGCUCUGUCGCUCUUCUCCAAGGUACUUUGACCUCACACUUCCAGAGCUUUACGAUUUACCCAAAGAGUUCCUGUGCUUUGAAUCCAUGAAAAAAGUGUAUUACCACGUCUACUCUCAACAUGGAGCUGGCACUAGCCUUUUCCUCUUCAAAAAAAAAAUUGAAAUGUCCAACGUGGCAGUGGAGAGGGGUGGCUCUGGCGAAGAAGAAAUAUUAUCAUUACACAAAAGUCUCAGCCCCUGCUCGCAACCUGCACCCGGCGUUUACCACUCCAGAUCCCGCGACUCUCAGACCUCUAGGUGUGUCUAAGGCCAAGGACUACAAAACAGAGAAUUCUGGGGGAAGGAAGUGACGACAUGGCGCAAAGCAUGCUGGACUCGGGCGGGCUCCGCUCUAGGAACUCUUUCCCGACGGCGUGCUUGCUGGGUCCCGGUUGCCACUAGGAGUUGUAACUGGUGUCUGUCUCUUUUGGCAGGAUUAAAGGUUAGGUACCACCAGGUUUGCCUACAGCUCUAAGUAUCAUGGGGCUGUAGGCUAGGCCAGGGAAGCUGAGCUCCAGAGCCUUAGCUGUUGCGCUCUUAUUUAUGCAUCCUCCAAACCAAUUUUAAGAGGAAAUUGUCACAGAUCCGGGGGCCUCUCCUUGGAGAGAUCCGGCGGAGACACAGAGCCAGAGAGCGACUGGCCAGCUGGCAGCCAUGAAUGAAUGGAUGAAGAAAGGCCCUUUAGAAUGGCAAGAUUACACUUACAAAGAAGUCAGAGUGACAGCCAGUGAGAAGGAGUAUAAAGGAUGGGUUUUAACCACAGACCCAGUUUCUGCCAAUAUUGUCCUCGUGAACUUCCUUGAAGAUGGCAGCAUGUCUGUGACCGGAAUUAUGGGACAUGCUGUGCAGGCUGUUGAAACUAUGAAUGAAGGAGACCACAGAGUGAGAGAGAAGCUGAUGCACUUGUUCACGUCUGGGGACUGUGAGGCGUACAGCCCUGAGGAUCUGGAAAAGAGAAAGAACAGCCUAAAGAAAUGGCUCGAGAAGAACCACAUCCCCAUCACUGAACAGGGAGAUUCACAAAGAACUCUGUGUGUGGCUGGGGUCCUGACUAUAGACCCACCCUAUGGUCCAGAAAAUUGCAGCAGUUCUAAUGAGAUCAUUCUGUCUCGUGUUCAGGAUCUUAUUCAAGGACAUCUUGCAGCUUCCCAGUGAGAGGCCGAGAACUGUGGAUGCACUGACUGAAAUAAGACUUCAUUUUUUUUCUUUCAUAAAAUGUUUUGAAUGUUAAGUUCAUCAUAUUAUAGGAUUUUUAAAGGCACAUAAAUGUGUGUGUGAGUUUUAAUUCUUUGCUGUUUUGGUAAAAUCAAAGAUGUGGAUUAUUAAUGAUAAUAAAUAGGUGAACUGUGGCAAAGAGAACAUCACGUACAACAAAAUUAGCACCGGGACGUUAGAAUAGUAAGAGUCUCUUCCUUUGAUAAGGAUAUACUUCCAUUUUUGUUAGGUAAGAAGUGUAUUUGUAAAAAAUGCAACAUGUUAGAUUCAAUAUAAAAUGUCUUGUUAUGUCCCUUGCACUAA